UGCACCCGAGGGAAUAGUACCCUCGAGUACUGUUCAUGAAUAGGAAUUUUUUUUUUUUUUUUGUUGCACCCGAGGGAAUAGUACCCUCGGGUACUGUUCAUGAAUAGGAUUUUUUUUUUUUUGCACCCGAGGGAAUAGUACCCUCGGGUACUGUUCAUGAAUAGGAAUUUUUUUUUUUAGGUGCAACUUAUUAUUCUUUUUCCCAGAAUUUAAACACAAACCAACCCUCUCCAUUCCAGAAGCCGAGCAUGUUGGUAAUGCCUCUUCUUACCCAGUAAAGACCUUUAGCGAUCUCAUAACUGACGAGGCUUUAGAUUUGUAUGUACGAGCUCAUAGCUCAAAGGAAACCUCCACCCACUUAGAGAAAGGUAAGAAAAACAAACAUACUUAUAUGUGAACUUAUUGAUUUUUAGUUAAUAUCUCAUUAAGUAUUUCCCUUAUUACUUUUUAUGCAGGCAAGAAGCUCAGUAAAAGACUCCUAGCCCAAGUCCGGUCAAGUAAUCUCCCUUCUACUCCUACUUCCAAAAAAUUACGAAGGGUAGGAGAAGGGAAUCAUGGUACAUCCGCAAGCCCUGGAGUGUUAUCAGGUCCUACUCUUGUACCUCUAGGUUUCAGCGGAUUUGGUGGGGUUCCUACUAGUUUCGAAAGUUUUUGUUCAGUAUCAACCAACCAAGCCUUUUCCCACGGGGAAUCGAUUCUCGAUGACGCUAAUGUCGCGAAUGACAAGUUACAUAAAAUGGUAGUAAAAGACGACACUGCCAGAUUGCAGAGUCUGCCAGCAUCUGAGCUUUCAAAGAAAUUUCUUCAUCUAAUCAGCCAGGGCACUACAUACUCUGUUGUUAUCGCCAAAGAAUACGAGAAGCUUUCCUUAGAGAUGGUUUCCCUCAAGGCUAAAUAUGAAGAUGUUACUUCUACACUUAAAAUAAAAGAAGAUGACUUGACUAAUGCAAAAUUAAACUUUCAAGAUGAGAAAGUGAAACUUACCAAAGAAUACUCUGAUAAGCUGGAAUUCGAGAAGCUAGCUGCCGUGGAGAGUUUUAAAAAUUCUGAUGAAUUCAAGGUGCUCAUAGGCAAGGCUUGCUGUGAUGGUUUUGACUGGUUCAAAGCUCUUGUCGGCAAAGAUCGUCCAGACAUAGACUUUUCUAGGUAUGACGUUCUAAGUGAGAGCGAAGAGGAAGAUUGAAUUCCAUAGUAUUAGUCAUAUAUAUAUAUAUAUAUAUAUAUAUAUAUAUAUAUAUAUAUAUUAGGUUUUUUGAUUUCUCAGUAUGUUGUUCCUUUAAAACUUUUCAGAAUAUCUUUGAAUCUAGAGAAUA